AUGCAUUUCAAAUUACUUGACGUGAUCAGGGAGCUGGCACUGUGGAUACUCAGUGACUACGACAAGCUUAGCAACAAGGUUGUCGUGCGAGAUGAUGGUAUGACGUCAAAUGAAAUGGGAGAAGUUGAUUGGGAGCAACUGAGCUGCAUGUCAGCAGCUGUACGUGGACAAAUAGGUAUCAAACCACCUGAAUGCCCCAACCUUACCACUUUGAUGUUGCAUGAUCCGAUUUGCACCGAGGAUUUCUUUCAAUUCAUGCCAAGAUUGGCUCUCUUGGUAUUGACAGAGGAGUAUGGUUGGGGUUUUAGGAGAGGGAAUCAAUUUCAAUUUUCAAGAUUAUGCUCCUAA